GCGAAGCACCCUGGCUUUGACAGCAGCCACCGCCAGUCUUUCCGCCUCCCCAGCCUGCCUGGGAGCUGGGAGCUGAAUUAUGGUGGCCUGACCAGCAAACGCAGCUGCAGGAGCCCAGAGCCUCUGCCCCUUCCCACGCUGCUAACCUGCCAGGAGCUCCAGGAAACCAGCCACAGCCGACCUGCCAUGCUCGCCCUUCCCAGCUCCCACAGGGGGUCCAAGCCAACCUCGCCGGGACCUACGCUAAGGCUGGAAGCCACUGGCCAGAUGUAGCCAAGAUCCAUCUCCUUUCCUUCUCUCUCUUUCUGCGGAUUGUUCCUGCCCAGUACCCACAGCCUGGACUGGGGCUGGUUCAAGGGCCUGCAGGAGCCCUGAUGCUGCACAGCUCUCUCUCCUGAGCAGCCACAACCAGCACUCAGAGUUGGGGGCGGAUAGCGGAGACGGACGUGGGCCCGAGGGAGCCCAGAGGGUCUGAAGGCCAGGGCCCGAAAUGGCCCAAGCACUGCCCUGGCUCCUGCUGUGGAUGGGCUCAGCACUGCUGCCUGCCCACUGCACCCAGCCUGGCAUCCGCCUGCCUCUGCGGAGCGGGCUUGGGGGGACCCCUCUGGGGCUGCGACUGCCUCGGGACACGGAGGAGCCAGAGGACCCUUGCCGGAAGGGCAGCUUUGUGGAGAUGGUGGACAACCUGAGGGGCAAGUCCGGUCAGGGGUACUAUGUGGAGAUGACUGUGGGCAGCCCCCCACAGACGCUCAACAUCCUGGUGGACACAGGCAGCAGUAAUUUUGCAGUGGGGGCUGCCCCCCACCCUUUCCUGCAUCGCUACUACCAGAGGCAGCUGUCCAGCACAUACCGGGACCUCCGGAAGGGCGUGUAUGUGCCCUACACCCAGGGCAAGUGGGAGGGGGAGCUGGGUACCGACCUGGUGAGCAUUCCCCAUGGCCCCAAUGUCACAGUACGUGCCAACAUUGCUGCCAUCACUGAGUCGGACAAGUUCUUCAUCAACGGCUCCAACUGGGAAGGCAUCCUGGGCCUGGCCUAUGCUGAGAUUGCCAGGCCUGACGACUCCCUGGAGCCUUUCUUUGACUCCCUGGUAAAGCAGACCCACGUUCCCAACCUCUUCUCCCUGCAGCUAUGUGGUGCUGGCUUUCCCCUCAACCAGUCAGAAGUGCUGGCCUCGGUUGGAGGGAGCAUGAUCAUUGGGGGUAUCGACCACUCGCUGUACACAGGCAGCCUCUGGUACACACCCAUCCGACGAGAGUGGUAUUAUGAGGUGAUCAUUGUGCGGGUGGAGAUCAAUGGACAGGAUCUGAAAAUGGACUGCAAGGAGUACAACUAUGAUAAGAGCAUCGUGGACAGUGGCACCACCAAUCUUCGUUUGCCCAAGAAAGUGUUUGAAGCUGCAGUCAGAUCCAUCAAGGCGGCCUCCUCGACGGAGAAGUUCCCAGACGGCUUUUGGCUAGGGGAGCAGCUAGUGUGCUGGCAAGCAGGCACCACCCCUUGGAACAUUUUCCCAGUCAUCUCACUCUACCUAAUGAGUGAGGUCACCAAUCAGUCCUUCCGCAUCACUAUUCUUCCACAGCAAUACCUGCGGCCAGUGGAAGACGUGGCCACAUCCCAAGACGACUGCUACAAGUUCGCCAUCUCUCAGUCGUCCACGGGCACGGUUAUGGGAGCAGUUAUCAUGGAGGGCUUCUACGUUGUCUUUGAUCGGGCAAGAAAACGAAUUGGCUUUGCUGUCAGUGCUUGCCAUGUGCACGAUGAGUUCAGGACAGCAGCAGUAGAAGGCCCGUUUGUCACCCUGGACAUGGAAGACUGUGGCUACAACAUUCCACAGACAGAUGAAUCAACCCUCAUGACCAUAGCCUAUGUCAUGGCUGCCAUCUGCGCCCUCUUCAUGCUGCCACUCUGUCUCAUGGUGUGUCAGUGGCGUUGCCUCCGCUGUCUACGCCAUCAGCACGAUGACUUUGCUGAUGACAUCUCCCUGCUGAAGUGAGGAGGCCCAUGAGCAGAAGGCAGAGAUUCCCCUGGACCACAUCUGGGUGGCUGGUCCAAUUUGGUCACAAGGAAACAGAUGGCACCUGUAGCCAGAACACCUCAGGACCCUUACCCACCCACCAAAUGCCUCUGCCUUGACAGAAAAGAAGUAAAAGCUGGCAAGGUGGGUUACAGGAUUGCACCUGUAGGAAACAGGAAAGAAAGCAAGCUCUAGUGACAGGAAUACUCUGUCACCUCAAACUUGACUUGAGGAAUUCUGUUGCUUGAAACUUCAACCCUGAGUCUUUGCCCACCAUCCCUCUCAAUCCCCCAACCCAAAGUAUUCUUCUUUCCUUAGUUCCAGAAGUAAUGGCUCCCACCCAGGUGAUCCCAGUGGGCGUCUCUGCAGUACCUGGAAGAGAAAAGGGCCAGUCUGUUUCCCUGCUGCCAAGUCAGUAAGAGUGAAUGCAGUUUGCUUUUGCGUUAGGGAUAGGAACUGUAUCAAUGAGCCUAACUUGGUGCAAAGACUGCCUCUUGAAUUAAAAAGUAAUUUGACUCAAUAGUUGUACAAACGGGAGUGGCUGGAAGAGGAGGAGAGGGAGUGCAAAGACAGGGAACACAAGGGGAUCCAAGCUAGGAAAGGUGGAAGCAUGACUUCUCGCCAGUUCCAGUUUCAGACUUCAUCUCCGAGACAGAAUCCCAUCUCUGUAAGAUGGUGUUGCUUCCCAGUGUUUUCUUUUCUGCGGCUGCAGCUGGACCAAAAGUGAGAUGGGAAGAAGAGCUUAUUUAACAACAACAAAAAAAACAACUCUUUUUAGCUUUCUUAAACGAAAAGUGUUCAGUAAGAAGUUCCAUCUAACUGAUGAAUUUCUACCUUACUGAUUCCACUUGUCUCUAUCUGAACACUCUGCUCUACAUAUGCUAGGUACCACUGAAAUAUCCCAACCCUCCUAAACCCCAGUGCCCUAUGGAAAGCAACUGGAACAGUGCAAACAGAGCAGGGCUGGGCUUCAUCUUGCUGGGUACCUCUUCACUCCCUCCCCCAAAUCCCUAGUCCUCUGGAGCUCUGCAGCUGAGGUGCUAAGAAGAAAAGACAGGAGACCUCUCCUACCUAAUAAUCCUUGAAAGCAGAAUCCUGAAGAUUCAUUCAACAGGUAUAGGGGUGAUGCCCUUUAUUCAUGCUUGGUUUCUUCCUGUUCAGCUUUAAGUUGUAGUAAGACCUUUCCAUAAUACAGAGCAAUUUCAUUGAGGUCUCACCCUCUCUAUCUCACUCUCCGUCUAUUUGGCUAAGGCAUGCCACUGUGGCGCAAGUAUUAUACCAAGAGUGUCAGGAACACAAGGCUUUCAGGUUAUAGCAUCAUUGCCUUCAGUAUCAAGGCUGCCUGGAGAGUGGAUGGCAGCUUUAGGGCUUCCUUACUUCACCAUGAGAGCCUGUCAAAGGAAUCUACCCUUUUCUCCUGUUCUGCUCUCUAUUCCCCACUCCUAACAGUAGUUGGGUACCUAGGCUGGUUCUUGGGCUACAUAUUGGUGACCAAGUUCAUUACCUAUCACUUCUACCACAGUCAUCUAUGAUACCAGUGUUAGUGAGAAGAGCUGAAUUUUCCUGGUAUACCCACUGGAUCUUAUUCCUUACACGGUCAAUACACUGUUUCCAGAUAUGGGACCUGUCAAGUGUGGAAUUACCCGAUGAGGGAGAGGGAAUUACAAGAAGGGCCUCUGGAAAUCCUGUUGCCCACAAGCAGCCAGUUGCCCACAAGCCAUAAACCAAUAAAUCAAGAACACUGAGUCAUA